AUGGCAAAGGCUGUAAUGGUGAGGUGUUACCUGCUUUGUUUACUAACGUUUACACUGUGUUGUACUUGCGAGUUGGUAUGGGCUCAACCAAUAAAACAUACUCUGGAUGUCAACGAUAAGUUAGUCGUUUGUUUUCCUCCUUCGGAGCGUAUUCUUCUUCCUAAUGGAACUCCUAAGUGUAAUAUCACCAAACCACGUAAGACCCAGGAACAUCAAGUCAGCUCUACCACAGUGGAAAAACAAGAGAAUCAACAGUUGAAAGAAAACAAACCGGUAGACGCUGGAACAGACACCGGGAGGGAAUCACAUCCGGAUACACAUCAACCCACAAAUGGAGAGAACACAAACUUAACAGGAUCAAGUGAUAAUGAAGGGAAAGAGACAUCUGGUAAUGCAUCUCAGAGUUCACCUGAGAAUUCUUCCAACACUUCACCCUCACAGAAUGCAGGUGAGUCUGGAGCUGCAGAGACUGGACCAACAAGUAACCCAAAUGAUGCAGAAAAUGCAAAUACAACCACUACAACCACCAACACAACAACAACAACACUUCCCCCUGUAACCAACGCAGAGAUUAACAACAGCAUCACUUCCACAGUACAGAACAAGGCUAAUGUUGACAGCAGUGUCAGUUCUGUGUGGAUGCGCACUGCAGCACCGCUGCUGAUUAUGGUUGUGUUGUUCACUGUUACCGUGUACUGA